CGAACCGGCAACGACAGCGGCUGUUCUUUUCUCAAACAAUUCCAGUGUGGCACACCGCCAAAAAGUGAACUAACCAGCCCAGAAAUGAUUGCGCAAAGUCUAAUUGGCAGACUACGUCCGUGUGCCCAACGUUUGGGGGGCUCAGCGAGUUAUGCGAGCAAAGCCAAUGCUCCCAAAUUUAAUUGGCAAGAUCCACUUAAUCUGGAGAGUCAGCUGACCCCGGAGGAGGUGGCCAUACGAGAUGCCUUCCGCAGCUACUGCACCGCUCAGCUGUUGCCGCGCGUAACGCUCGCCAAUCGUCUCGAGCAGUUCGAUAAGAAGAUCAUGGAGGAAAUAGGCAGCAUGGGCGUACUGGGCUGCACCCUACAGGGCUAUGGCUGUGCGGGCGUUUCCAGUGUGGCAUACGGUCUGCUCACCCGUGAAGUGGAACGCGUAGAUUCCGCAUAUCGUUCAGCCGUCAGUGUGCAAAGUUCGCUCGCUAUGGGCGCCAUCUACGACUAUGGAUCGGAGGCGCAAAAACAGAAGUAUUUACCCGAUAUGGCCAAGGGCAAGGUGAUAGGUGCCUUUGGUUUGACUGAGCCCAACCAUGGCAGCGAUCCGGGCGGCAUGGAAACACGCGCCAAAUACGACAGCAAGACGAAAACCUAUAUACUGACUGGUUCGAAGACCUGGAUAACCAGUGCGCCCAUCGCCGAUGUCAUCAUUGUGUGGGGCAAGGGCGAGGAUGGCAAGUUGCGGGGCUUCAUAAUCGAUCGUUCGGAGUCGUCUAAGGGUCUGGAGACGCCCCGAAUUGAGGGUAAAUUCUCUCUGCGUGCCUCACCCACCGGCAUGAUUCACAUGGACGAGGUGCGUGUGCCGGAGGAGAAUAUGCUGCCGAAUGCUUUGGGCUUCAGUGCGCCAUUCAAUUGCCUGAAUAAUGCGCGCUAUGGCAUCGCCUGGGGUGCUCUGGGUGCUGCGGAAUUUUGUGUGGAGACCGCUCGUCAAUACACACUAGAUAGGAAGCAAUUCGGUCGUCCGUUAGCGGCCAAUCAAUUGAUCCAGAAGAAACUGGCCGAUGCUGUCACAGAGAUUGCUUUGGGACUGCAGGCCUGUCUGCAUGUGGGACGUCUGAAGGAUCAGAAGCAGAUCACUCCCGAAAUGAUAUCGAUCCUGAAGCGCAACAAUGCCGGCAAGGCCUUGGCCAUUGCUCGUGAGAUGCGCGACAUGUUGGGCGGCAACGGCAUCAGCGACGAAUAUCACAUUAUACGCCAUAUGGUGAAUCUGGAGUCGGUGAACACCUAUGAAGGCACACACGAUAUACACGCCCUGAUUCUGGGACGUUCAAUCACCGGACUGUCUGCCUUUGCCAACUGAUGAAGUAGAGUCUAAGAGUGUUUUCAAAACUGUUGACCAUUAUGUUGCAUUUAUGUUACGAUAUUAGAGAUAUAUACAUAAUACACUUAUAAAUACAGAUAUAAACCCUUUACAUUUACAAUUAUGAACUAUGCAGUGCAAAGGAAGUACCACCAAGGCAUCUGGGAUGGACUAUAAAGCGCUUUACAAAUUAAAUAUACUUAUAGGCCAUUAUUCAUCUCUUCUCUAAAUUAAAAUCGACUUUUUCAACUAUA